GGAGAUCAGGUGAUCAUGUGACCGCGGCGGGUUUUAUCUCGCGCUGACGAGGCGCGCGCACAGAGGCCCAGCAGGUGGAAGCGCGCGCAGGUACCGGUCAGAGUUUACCUGCAGAGCAGGUGAGCGGCAGCAGGAAGCUGGAUCCGCGGUGUUCUGUGGGAGGAGAAGCCUCACCUGGAAACAUGUACGUCAGUUACCUGCAGCUGGACAAGGAGCCCGCCAUGUACCCGCACCAGAACCCGGUCACCCGCCACCCGGGCCUCAGCCUCAGCCCGCAGAACUUCUCGGUACCGGGACCUCCGCAGUACUCGGACUUCCCCGGGUACCACCCUCAUCACCCGGGCCUCGGCACMGACCCGCAGCAGACCGGGGCGGGCUGGAGCCCGGCCUACCCGCCGCCCCCGCCGGCCCGGGACGACUGGUCCUCCCAUCACUACUCUGUGGCGGGAGGCCCCGCCGCGGGCCCCGGGCACGGCGGCCCGAUGGGCCCCGGCCUGAGCCUCAGCCCCUCGGAGUUCCCCGGACAGCCGGCGGCGCUGCUGCCCGCCUCCCUCAACCCGUCGGCCGGCCAGCUGUCACCCAGAUCCCCGCAGAGGAGGAACCCGUACGAGUGGAUCCGAAGCUCGGCUCCGCCCGGAAACCCGA